UGACUGCCCUGGCUCAAGGCUAUGGGACUGUGGGAGCUGGAAUUUGUUGUAGGCCCCACAACAAACUCCAGCUCCCAGAAUUCCAUAGCCUUGAGACAGAUAAGAGUUAAAGCGGUGCCAAACCGGGUUAUUUCUCCAGUGUGGAUGCAGCCUGAGGUCCGUGAGAGGAGAGCUCCUUCCAGUGAGCCUCAAAGGCGCCACAACAAGGUCUCUUGAGGCGGCAGGAACGCUAAUCUCGCUUGUAAGCGUGCGUUUGGCGCACGACGAGGACGGAGAGACCCAUCCCACUUUAAAGCACGAAUAACAGCCCUAGCUCUUGAGGAGGGGCGAGAGGGGCGUUUCCGAGGCCUGGGAGGGAGGCAGAGCCAGGAGCAGCCGCUCCUUCUGCCGCGGAGGCGGGGAAAUGUUUCAAGGAACAGAUGAAAGUUUUGAAAAUAUGGCAGAUCGUCUUGAAGAAAUGGAUACAUCAGAUACCCAGUGGGGAUGGUUUUAUUUGGCUGAAUGUGGGAAAUGGCAUAUGUUUGAGUACGGUAUGUAACAUCUUGCCUGAAGAAGAAGCCAGUGGAACUUGGAAAGCUUGCAACAAGUAUAUUGUGCAUUUCGGUUGGCCAAUAAAGACCAAUUCUAAUACCCAGUGUUCACUUAGCAGUGAAGACAUUGAAAGGAGGUUCAGAAUGAAUCCACAAGGCUCCAUUUCUUUUACAACUACAAAAUUUAACUACAUACUGGACUUUGCAGGGAUGAAACAAACUAACCAAACAACUGGAAAACAGCGUCCGAUAAAGCGAGCUCCAUUUUCUAUUACUGCAUUCAGUUAUAUCUGUGAAAAUCAAUCUAUCCCCAUUCCAUCACACUGGGAGAAUGUAAAUUCAGAGGAACCAUACCAGCUUAUUCCUUUGCAAAAGCAGACAAAUGAAUAUAAAGAAGUUGCUAGCUACUUUGGGAAAACAAUGGAUAGCAAUCAGAUUAAACAAAUUCAGAGAAUUCAGAACAUAGACUUGUGGGAAUUUUAUUGCAGAAAAAAGACUCAGUUAAAGAAGAAAAGAGGCGUACCCUUUAUUAAUGAACACAUGUUGUUUCAUGGCACAAGCACUGAAUUUGUGGAAGCUAUUUGCGUUCAUAACUUUGACUGGAGAAUCAAUGGUAUUCAUGCUGCUGUAUAUGGAAAAGGGACUUAUUUUGCAAGGGAUGCUUCAUACUCCAGCCGGUUCUGCAAAGAUGACUUGAAACAUGGUAGCACAUUUCAAAUUCAUGGCGUUGAUCUACAACUUCACAUUCUUAUGAAGCAUAAAGUGAUGUUUCUUGCUCGUGUAUUGACUGGAGACUACAUUAUUGGGGACUCCAAAUAUGUGAGGCCACCUUCAAAAGAUGGGAGCUUUGUAAAUUUGUAUGAUAGCUGUGUAGACAAUACUUGGAACCCAAAGAUUUUUGUCAUCUUUGAUGCCAACCAGAUCUACCCAGAAUAUUUAAUACAGUUCAGCUGAGACUUGUAGAUAGCUCAGUUGAAUGAUAAUGUGUGCUGUUUUUUGUUUGUUUAUUUUAUUGGGCACAUUGGUUUUGUUAAAGAAAAUAAACCUUACUUAGGAGCAAAUGUAUGCCAACAAUUCAUAUUGGAAGAGAAGAGAAACUUCCAUGGGCUGAGCAUCGGCAAGAGGUCAAGAAGGCUGCAGGGAGACCUGUGAGGGAAUUAAGCAGCCCUGAGUUUCACUUCAAAGAAACAGAAUAAUUUUGUUUUCAAAAUCACUGUUGGAAACAAGUGAAAACUAUGGAGAAAAGGAAGAAAAUGCAGCAUACUCCCUCAGCUACACAAACUACAUCUAAACCGAAAAAACAGAUGAAAGUUGAUAGCUUCAUAACAGACAGCCGUCUCCUGUAAGUAAUUUAACAUCUUCUAGCAUCUUUAAUGAACAAGAGCUUGUACAGUGUGAUCUACAGUGUGAUUUACGAACAGAAAGUCAUCAACCUGCAACUGAUACUACAAGUCUUUCUUCUGCCUCCCCAUUUGACCAGACUGCUGUUUUUUGCUCAGCAGCUCCACAGCUUCUGCAAAGUGGGAAUUCAAUUACAGAUAUAAAUACAAGUUUGAGAAACUUAGAAAACAACAAUACAUCUGACCUCUUAACAAGACAAACUUUAUUGACAGCCCAGACAGUUAUCUCCAUCUUCAAACAGUUGACCACAAUUAAAAACAAAGUGGAUUUCUUAAGUGAGGAAUUUACAAGGUUUGUAGAAAACCAAAGGUUUCUGAUGCUAUGACACAGAUUUUUUGCUUCAAAUAACCAAAGCACACUGUGGAAGCAAUUACUAGGCAUACCAAGGACAAACUUACUCCCAACUGGAUAACAAAGAAGAUAGAAAAUGAUGAUCAGAGACAGCUGGUCCGACAAACAACACAUAAUCCUCCAGGUCAGAUUUAAACCUUCUCAAGUCAUCCUCUGAUAACACAGCACAACAACUAAUAUUCUAAAGAAUCGAGAACUAGAUACAACAGCCAGACAAGAAAAACACCUUGCCUACCUAAAUAAUAGUGUAGAUAAUAAUUUUUUACCAUCUAAUGAGAUUAGGGAAAUACCUGCAGUUGGCAAAUACAAUAAAUUGAAGAGUAAUCAAGACAACUUUAUGAUUGGUUGUAACACCCAAAGUCCUCAGGAAGUCUCCUCGUGUACAGAAAAUGAUCAUCUACUUUUGCUCAAUAAAGAUUCCCACUCUCCAGACAAACAGUGUGGGUCAACCAAACAACUGCAGAAUCAGAACAUAGACAAUUCUCCAUCAAAAGAGUGGAAAUCCUUACUCGCUGGAGAUCCUCCUUUUGCAGCCAACACUGCUCUGAUCCACUCAGGAACCUCUGUUGAGCCAGAACAAAAUCUUGGGGGGGGGACCUUGAUUGCACCACUAGAACCCCUUGUACUGGAGAUGCUACAACCUCAACGAUAUGAGCCACCAUCUACUAAGAGUCAACUAUCUUCUACAAGAUUACAUAUUCAUUUUAUGGAACUAUAAAUGUUUGACAAUCCCAGCAAACUCUUUGCCUAAUUUCAUUUAAUGUUAGGAGCCUAUGUUCAGAUCCCAAGUGGCAUAAGAUCUUGAAACAACUUAAAUAUUUGCAGCCCCAUGUAAUACUGCUUCAAGAAAUGCACAGAAAGGGUUCUAAACCACAUAUUUCUCUACAAAAUAUGUAGUAGGAGAGUCUGGAAAAGCACAUGGGGUGGCCAUUUUAUUUGAUAGAUCUAUCAAUUCCUCAACCACUACAAUUUCUUGACCCCAAUUCUUAAGAGCACUAUAAUAGGUAACUUUUAUACAAUUGCAACAUUUUAUGCACCAAACUCUAAUCAAAAUAAUUUUAUGGAAACCUUCCUCCAAAUUUUAAACACUGUGGCAAAUAUUACCAGGGGGAGAUUCUAAUGCAACUUUAAAUACUAUAGUUUUUUGUGGGU